AUGGGUGUGCCAGAGAAGAACGUCCUGCCUGUGAGCGAACAGGCAGCCCCUCCGCCGCCUCCUUCGAGGAAGUGGAGGAAGGCCGCUGUUGCGCUGCUCGCCGUCCUGGUGACAACGGCAGUGGUCAAGACUGCCCACUCGUUCUGCCCCAGGUCGAACGGCUCGCAUGGCCACGGCUACGGCCACUUUGGGGCCAAGAACAAGGAGAUCGGUGGUUGUAUCCAGGUCCAGGACCAGAGCCUCCCCCAAUCGUUCAACGUCACGUCGCUCGCCGACCACAAGGACCGGAUCGUCACUUGGCUGUCGGACGCCGUCAAGAUCCCCACCGAGAUCUUUGAUGUGAUGGGACCGAUUGGCGAGGACCCUCGCUGGGAGGUGUUUUACGAGUUUGCCGACUACCUCGAGAAGUCGUUCCCUCUUGUUCACCAGCACCUCACGCGCACGCGCGUCAUGACUCACGCACUCGUCUAUGAGUGGCAGGGCUCGGACCCCACCCUCAAGCCCCUCCUCAUCACUGGCCACCAGGACGUCGUUCCCGUUCUCCCUGAGACCCGGGACCUCUGGACUCACGAUCCCUACGGCGGCGAGUUUGACGGCGAGAAGAUCUGGGGCCGCGGUUCGCUCGACGACAAGACUGGUACCAUUGGUUCUCUCGCCGCCGUGGAGUUGCUCCUCGAGUCGGGCAAGUUCCAACCUGCGCGUACUGUCAUUAUGGCGUAUGGUAUUGACGAGGAGACGGGCGGCAAGGUAGGCGCGUACCAUCUUAACGAGUGGAUUGAGGCCAAGUACGGCAAGGAUUCUAUUGCGAUGCUCGUCGACGAGGGUUCCGGAGUCAGCGAGGUUCUUGGCCAGACGUUUGCCCUUCCAGCGGUCGCUGAGAAGGGCUACCUCGACGUCGAGGUGCGUGUCGAGACCAAAGGUGGCCACAGCUCCGUCCCGCCCAAGCACACUGGCAUUGGUCUCAUGUCGCUCGCUCUUGCCGAGCUCGAACGUCACCCACACAAGCCGUAUCUCAACCCCGAGUCCCCGCUUGUCGACUUUACGGCCUGCGCCGCGCGUUACUCCCCUCAAACCCCCGAGGACCUCAAGAAGCACGUUGCCAAGGUCACCCGCUCGCUCGAAAAGGGCAAGGUGGACAAGAAGGCGCUCAAGUGGAUCGAGAAGUGGUGGACAAACCUCGACCAGUAUGGUUUCCUCCCUGGUCUUGGUCGCGCCAUGGUGUCCACUACUCAGGCCAUUGACAUUAUCAACGGCGGCGUCAAGAUCAAUGCCCUCCCCGAGGUCGUGACUGCCGUCGUCAACCACCGUAUCAACAUUGCCUCGAACGUGGGCGAGCUCCAGGCACGUAUGAUCAAGGUCCUCGGCCCCGUGGCCAAGAAGUAUGGCCUCAACAUGGUCGCCUGGGGCAACCAGGUCGACGUGUCCGAGUUCAAGAGCGGCUGCAAGGGCUCCUCCCGCCACGACGACGACGAUGAUGAUGAUGACGAGGACAACCAUUUCGAGUACGACCUCUCGGCCUCCCCGGUCGGUACCCUCAUCCUCGACACUGCCUACAACUCGACUCUGAAUCCUGCCCCCAUCUCGCCCUUCACUGUCGAGUCGGCCGCCUGGCGCGUCCUCUCGCAGGCCUCCAAGGCCGUGUGGGCCACCCGCCCCGACGCGGAUGGCACCGAGCUGUACAUGGCCCCGCUCAUGUCCACGGGAAACACCGACACGAAGCGCUACUGGGACCUCACCCGCAACAUUUACCGCUUCGCAUACUUGACUGGCACGAUGAACAAUGCCCACACCGUCGACGAGUGGUGUGAUGCCGACGUCUUCGUGGAGCAGGUCAGGUGGUUUAUGAACUUUGUGGUUCUGGCGGACGAGAACAAGGACCUCUGA